CUUUUAUUUGUCGCAUGAUAUAUGUUGAUAGCAAAUUAGACAUUCAGACUCGUAUAAAAGUUUCUGUCUCGAAAAUCAGAAUACCUAGGAGAAAGAUUCAGCUGAUAAAAAUAUGAGCUAAUCCAAAAUGCCAUACACAUUUCAAGUACUUAGCUAUUAUCUAAUCCAAGAAAAUAUUUCCGAAAACCUAUGCUUGAAGAUAUAUUCUUAAUAAGUUAAAAAAAAAGAUAUAUUCCCAAUAUAAGCCUCAGUUACAAAAAAGAUAUAUUCCCAUAUUAUUUUCAAGACUGCAGUCAAAAUUUUAGAUCACCCAACCUUACAAAUAAAUACGUUUCCUCCUUUAUUAAAAUCUAAUAAAUCAUGAUAUUAUUCCUUAAGAUUCACUAACUUUUUGGUAUAGUAUAUAGGAUUAUAUGGGUUAUUAUUCUAUUAAUUUUCGUUUUUGGCUAAAUAAUAUAUAUAUAACUUAUUUAUUAAUUUAGUUACUAGAAUUUUUUGUGUUGGUUGUUCAUGAUUUAUAUUUUAAGCUUUGAUAAAAUUUUAACUUAACAUAAGAUUUUUAUUGAUUUGUAAGUGUUGUUUACUUUCUUAAUUUUAAAAUCUACUUGUCUGAUCUUAAGAUAUUGGAAAAUUAGAUUUGUACAUUUUUUUAAAGCUGGGCCGUUUUAUAAAUGAAUGAAAAAUAUUCUGAGUAAAAACUAGUUUUUUUAUCAACAACUAAAUUUGUUUUUCUAAUUUGUCAUUGUUUUUUCCUCUUAUACAAAACAAGCAUGAAGCGAAAAUUAAAACCACCUGAAACAGAGGAUCUCCAGACAAUAAAAUCUGUCUAACUUUAGAAACCCCAUUUAUCAACGUUUUGUAUGCUGCUACAUUCUUUGCUAGAUCUUGCAAUGAAAACACCCAAAUAUUGAUCAUGUUUCAAUAGAUUUCUUAUGGAUCACGUCUGCUGAAUAGUGAUUGUAUGGAAAAUGGGUAUUGACGUGAAGGAGACCGGUGCAACAUUAUGGAAAGUUCUUGGAUUCUCAAUGAACACAAGCAUCAAAUUCAUGAGAAAUCACCCGGUCUUGUCAGGGGUUUCCAUGUUUUUACUUGCACUAUACGUCAUCCUUCCUUCAUUGUUCUUCUUCCUGAUAUACUCCUCGCCGGUUCUUGCUUGUGGUGUAGUAUAUGCCCGAGAAAAGAUGGGAUUGAGUUUUCCAUCUUCAGGAUCAAAGAGUUGUGGAGGAGAAAAGGAUGGUGUUAGAUGUCACUUAAGACAACAAAGAAGUGUUAGACGAAACGCUAGAAUGCAAGUUGAAGAAUGGGACUCACAAACAAGCGAGGAAGAGAAGGACAAAGUUAUCUUGACCUCUCUUUACAAUGACCUUCUCGGUCGUAAACCACAUUUCGAGGAGUCUCCUAAAGCAAUAGAAACAGAAGUUGUAGAAGACAAUGAGAAGUCUGUUGGUGAGGAAGAUUCGCAAAUGUCUUAUGUUAACGUUGAAGAACCAAUGGUUUGCAAUAAGAUCAAAGAAGAGAAAGAAGAGAUGAGGGAGGAGAUGAGCAAUGCUAAUGAACAUUGGGUUUCAGAGAUUGAUAGAGAUAGGAGACUAGAGAGUCUAGUAGCAAGAAGAAGAACAAAACGUCUCUUCAAACUAGCUCUUCAUCAACAUAAUAAGCUUCAAGCUGAGGAAACAGCUAGCCCUACACAUAACAACAACCUUCGUAUUAACAUUCCUGGGAAAAAUAACAACAACCCUUUUGAAAAACGUCGAAACUACUAUCCAUCAGAUGAUGAUAGUACUGUUAUGGGAUUACAAGUUCCAUCCUCAGCACCUUCCGUGAUGCUACAAGCGAGAAAUCCUUUUGACAUUCCUUAUGAUCCUCAAGAGGAAAGACCUAUUCUUAGUGGAGACAGUUUUGAUCAAGAGUUUUCAUUUUUAGACCAUAAAGAUAUGUUCCUCUCUCGUCAUGAGAGUUUCUCUCGCUUUGGUGAUCUUUUGUCUCCAGAACAUGCUCAGUGUAUGGACAGCCCAGCUUCUACUUCAGACAUCACAACUACUAAGAAACGUUUAGAUUUGGAGAAUGAAUAUGAACAAAAUACAAUAGAAGAUGACAAUAAAUGUGUUGAGAGUGGAAAGCUAGAAGUGAAUAAUGAGACAGAUUCAAACAAUGAAGAUGAUGAUGAUGAUUCAAGCUGUUCAGAAGAAAGUGAGUCAGAACACAACCGUUUCAACAAAGCAGAACUCAGAGAAGCUAUUAGCCACACCAUGGAUAACUAUCCUAGUUUUCUUGUGAAUCAAGCAAGAAAUAACAUCCCAAGCCCGUUACCUAGAGGCUUAGCACCGCCAAAAAUUGAUGAUAACAAUAUGUUUUAUGCUCGUAGACGCGAACAUUCGCACAGUAGAACAUUCUCCAUGGCCUCGGAUAUGCAAGUGGAGGUUUCAGAGAUUGGUUCACCUCCUACUACGGUUGAUUGGCUCGAUGAAUGGUCUAAUGACGGGGAGUCCUAUAUUUAUGAUACUGAUAUUGAUAGAGAAGUCAUACGCGGUGAAGAGUCACCCAAGAGGGUCUCUAGCCAAUCUGAAUCAAAAGAGGAUAAUAGUUGGCUAGAGACUAAACCAGUGGCAGAACACCCAAGAAUAGCUGGUGAUAUGUAUACAAGAAGUCAAGCUGAAGAGAAUUUUGACCCGAAAUUUUCUAGUAUGAGUGAUGUUUCUAAGCCAACAAGAGGUUUGUUUUUCCAUACAAGCGUGUCAUUGUCGUCUAUAACAGAAGAACCUGAAACAAUCUUUGACUCGGUGGAUGGGAGAACCUCAGAGAGUAUGAACCUAUUGAAUUUGGUUGACCAGGUAUCUCCAGAUUCAUCUAGGAAGAAGUUUCUUGAUGAGGAAGCUACUGAUGUGCAACCAUUAGAAAAUAAUAAUCUUUGUGGAUCUCCUAAUAUUAUGGAUUCAGAUUUCAUUGAUCACCAGCGGAAAGACCAAAUAUUGAAUAGUAUUCAAGGAGAGUAUGAUACAAAUCAGAUCCAUAUGAAGAAUGAGAACACAAACCGAAAGGAAUAUGAGGCAGCUCAGAGCUUAUUGGAUGCUUCUUUGGACAUUCCGUAUAUAGAAUCAUUUGAAAGAGAGAAGAAUGAAAAAGAAGAAGAAGAAGAACCAGAGUUAAAUGAUUUUAGGAAAGAGGUAACAAUACAAGCAGAAAAUAAGGCACUUCAAGGUGACUUGAAGAGUUCUCCAUCCCAUGUUCUUACAAAACUACUAGAAAGUGAGGCCACGGUAGAGAACGGUCUGGAAUUAGGUAAAAGUACUGAUGUGUAUGCAAAGCCAAUUGAGCUAGAGAAAACACAUGACGACGUCUUGGAAGCAUCUUCGAGCCAUUCUUCACAAUUACUUGAGAACUACGGAGAUGCAGAAAAUGGUAGUGAUUUGUUUCUUCUACAAGUUCAAGACUCUAAUAACUCAGCAUUGGAUGAGUCAAGUGAACAUCCACUCUCUAAUGAAGUAGAAAGUUCACGAUUAUCGAAAGAUAUUUGUGGUGAAUCAGCCCAAGUUUUCAACAAUAUAACGAAUGUUGAGGAAGAAUCAACAGUUUCAGAAGGGACUCAUAACUCACAAGGUUCAAAACCAUGGACUCAACAGCACUGUACUGAUUCUUUCGAAAGAAUAUCAGCAAGAACAUUAGAGAUCACCCAACAAGCAGAGCAUGAUGCUAUUUAUCCAAACAAAGUCUCUCAAGAUAUUACUGAAGAUAUAUUUGCUGCAUCAGCCAAGGACUCAACUGCUAAUAAGAAGAAUGACGAAGAGAAACUAAAACCUGAUGAGCAAGUUAUAGAACAAGCUGUGGAAAAGGAAUUAGAGCUUGAUUUACAAUCAAUGCACCAUAACACUGGUUUAGUCUCUAAAGAAGACGAUGAAGAAUCCAAGAAAGUGAAUGGGGGCAGUGCACAAGGCCGAGACCACGACAACAAAGACAGAAACAGAGACUUAGGUUAG